ACUCUCACUUUAUAGCCCCACUCUCACUCAUACCACUACGAGUGGCCAUGUUCACUCAUUACAAUUUGGCCAAAAUCGUAUUAACUUGCCAGCCGGCCUUCAGUUUCUCCAACGUUUUCAGCUCAAGCGCUCCAUGAAGCGCUGAAAGAAAUUUUGUCUUCAAUCAUUGGAAAUAUCAAGUGGAACUUAAAGGGAUAAGAUGCAUUAUAUGUACCUGUUGGGUGGACUGGCAUUGCUCAUUAUUUGCCAGGCAGCUUCAACCAGGAGUUUUGCAACCAGCAAACCACUGCCCACCUAUGAAGAUGAUGGCACUACAGUGCCUCCCCCAAGUGUCACACCUUCUCCCACAAACAGAGACAUUACUCUAGGUCCCUGCAAGUGGGUCGUUGGCCGAAGUUGUCCCGAUCCAGAUGUGAAGUAUUAUAUAUACACGCGACAUAAUGCAAUGGAUAGACAAUGCCUUCACAUCGAUGAUAGCCUGGAGAAGUCGAAUCUAACAGCCUCCUACUUCAAUCCCAGGCAUCCCACAAAGAUCAUCAUCCAUGGCUAUAACUCGGAUAUGUUUCUACAUCCCCUACAGAAAAUGCGAGAUGAAUACCUCUCAAAAUCGGAUUACAAUAUUAUAUAUGUGGAUUGGAGCGUUCUGUCUCCGGGUCCCUGUUACAUCAGUGCCGUACACAAUACUCGUCAUGCUGGGACGUGUACGGCCCAGCUGGUGGAGCGUCUUGUGGAGACGGGCAACACGGAUAUCCAUGUGAUUGGCUUCUCCCUCGGGGCACAGCUUCCCAACUAUAUAGCGAGGAAUCUUACCUCGUUUAUGCUACCCAGGAUUACGGGGUUGGACCCGGCAAUGCCGCUGUUUAUUACAUCUGGAAAUGCGGAUAAGCUGGAUCCGAGUGACGCCACAUAUGUGGAUGUGUAUCAUACGAAUGCCCUCGUCCAGGGAAAGCUGGAGAGAUGUGGUCACGCCGACUUUUAUAUGAAUGGUGGCAUCAUGCAGCCAGGCUGUAAUGGACAGCAGAUAAACUCCUUUGCCUGCAGUCAUCAGCGUGCUCCUGCCUACUUUUUGGAGUCCAUACGCUCACCUAAGGGAUUUUGGGGCUGGGCAUGCAGCGGCUACAUCUCUUACCUGCUCGGAAUGUGUCCCCCCACGAAUUUCCUGCUGGAGGCUGGCGAUAACAUUCGUUCCACCACUCGAGGAAUGUUCAUGAUCGACACCAACGACAGCUCUCCCUAUGCCCUGGGCAAGUGGACGGAUCUGCCAACACUAGGGGCCAAGCAACCGCAUAUGCGAGCUCCUCCCAAUCAAGUAAAGGCCCCGCCCAAUCAGAGUGUGGAUCCUUUGCUGCAGCACAUCGAUCAGUUUGGCAAACUGGCCGCCAACUUCAACAACCUGGCGAUGUCGCCCAGUGGCCGGGAUCCCUAUGAGCACUGGACCAGCUUUAGUCCGGAGAACAAGGAAAACGAUGACGAUGAAUCCGUAGAGGAGCAGGAUUUGAUUGAUCCAGAUGAUCGCCAGCUGGCAUUGCAAUCUCAGCCAACCAUGGAAUGGUGGGAUUAUCGGAGGAAUCUCACGUAUGGAUUCAUAGAAAAUAAUAUAUUCGCUAUGCCAAAGCUGAAGUAG